CAGGCAACAAACUAAGUCCAGUAUGACACAACAACAUCCCUCUUCAGCUGUUAUUGUUAAUCAUGCGGCAAAUGAUGUGCUUUCUGUAAUGUCUCCUCUCAGUCAUGUUCCAUCAGUGAAUCAGUUCACCACAGCAACCGCCAUUCAGAUUAAUAAUGUCAUAAACACAAUUUCCUCCGCUGGGAAGGCACCUCCAGUAUCCUCAUCAGUUGCAGCCCAGAGGUUGAAAUCUGAAGCCACUUUGCAAACUGCUACCUCUCAGUCAUUUAGCUUAGAAAAUCUCAAGUUGCCUCCUGGUAUAACAAUCACAAAGGUAGAUGGCCCAACUGCUGCAGCUUUGAGAAAAUCACAGUUGAAACCUUCAGACAGUUCAAAGUCCACUCCUUCUGUGACAUCCAGUCAUAGUACAGCUACAGUCAUAUCUGGUCCAGCAGCUGCAGUCAGCUCAAGCAGGCUUGGUGGAUUUGGUGGAGGAGGCGGUAUCUCUCAAGGGAUUAGUGGCUCAAAUGUCAUUGUGGUUGACACUGUCAAAAUGAAAGAAGAACUGCAGGCAGUUACACUGAAUGGGAGCGAUUCCAGCCACAGCAAUAAUGGCAACAGUAAGAAAAAGAACAAGAAGAAAAACAAGAAUCAGAAUAACACUGGAAGCACAAAUGGAAAUGGAAAUAGUAACGGUCAGUUGCAUCGUCAGCAGCAACUUGGAAAUGGAGUAGCUACAAAUCAGGUAAACGGAAAACACAUAACCAGCACUGGAGGGAAGAGUCAGAAUUUGCAGAAUAGUACAAGUGUACGAAUUCAGCCACAAGUAUACCCCCUUUUAACAAAACCCAGUGUACGUCCACAGACUCUUGCAAUGAAUGCCACCCAAUUAGCUCAACAACCAGCCAUUAUCAAGGUGAAUGGUUCAAUGGUGACCAUUAGAAAUCCUGCUCUCCAACAAGCCAUGGCCACUAACAGUAGAUUCACACAAGGCAAUGGACAAGCAGAGAUUCUCGUUAAUGGUGAAGUGCCUACCAGCAAACCAGGAAACAAGCCUGGGAAAAAGACUGCUAAUUCUGCCACUACAAAUGGGAUUGUCAGGGUGAAAGGAAAGGAAAAUGGCUCAAUGCCACCACGAUUUGCAAAUCCUGAUAAUGUGGUUUUGAGGAACAGGUUGCCGCCACAUGUGGAAUAUAAUGGAUUGAAUAGCAUACCAGGGCUUCAUAUUAGUAAAGUGAAUUCACCAGAUGGAAGAGUAGAGGAAAAUGGGAUCACUGUCCGAGGAUCUGCAAAUAUGCUGCCACCUAGGAUGCGAAUUCAGCAGCAGCGAUCACCACCUUCUCAUAUUACUGAAGUUAGAAAGGUGAAUCACAAUCACGUUAGUACCCGGCAGGAAGGCUUACCACCGCAGCAUGCUUCGGCAGCUAGAUCAGCAAUGCGUGAAGCCAUGGCAGCUUCACUAGCUGCUGCCAAUGAUGCAAAGAAGAAAAAGAAGAAGAAGAAGGGGAAUGGUCCUCAAGGGCAUUCAGAUGACUGGAAUCUUGUUGAAAGUGUGUUUGCACCGAAGGAUAUUGAUCUUGAAAAUGGUGAUAUUGAUGAUGAUGAACGUGAACUGGAAGCAUUCAAACGAUUUUGUUUCAACUCUGUUCCACCAAAACGCAAGGAGAAAGUACAUCUAAACAUCAAAGAUAUUGUGCUGAAGAAGAAGUCAUCUGCAAUUGGAUGCAGCUAAGCAUUUCUUGCGCCAAUACAUGGUUGUCUAGUAACAUUUCAGAGAACAGCUGCCUUGAUCUGAAGUGGCUUCUCAUUGGGAAGAGAAACGUUGGUUCUAGUAAUUAAAAAGCGAGUUGUUUUAUUUAUACCCUGUGAUCCAUCAAAUUAUUCUGUAUUUGUAAUUUUUUAAAUAUGCAUCUAACUCAAAGGCUCAGAGUCCUUUUUGAGAAGCGAAUAGU